UUAGUUAUUUUCAAUACUUUGUGUAUUUUUGGAUAAAAUAUGAUAGUUUAGAUAGAAAUACUCAAACAAAAUCAUAUCUAAUUAGUAUUUUUCAUUAUUUUUUGGUAUAUUUCGAUAAUUUGGAUACAAAAUAUUCGAAUCGAAUCGGGUAAUAUGGGUAAUAUAGUUAUUUUGGAUACUAUUAUCCAAACCCGUUUCAGAUACAUUGGUUAUUCGAUUAUUUUCAGGUUCCUUUACAUUUGAACUAAACCCACUGGAUCUGAGAAGACCUAACUCGAAUCCGACCCAAAAUUUUGUAAUAUCUGAAUAUGACUUAAUUUCAAAACCUAAAAAACCCCAAUACCCGAAAGAGCCGAUCCGUACCCGAACAUGUAUCCGAAUGGCCAAGUCUACAAAUAAUUAAAAGAUCAGUAGACAAUAUUGUUGGGCCUGCUUCGUAUAAUAUUGGGCUUUGACCUAAUUUGGGUCGAAUCCCGUUUACCGGAUCCGGAUUCGGAUCCGGAUUCUAUUCAGACUAACAGGUCGGUUAUCGCGGAUGCUGUUCAGUAAUGUUCGAAACACCAAUUCUAGUGUCCCUCGAAUCAUCGGAAGCUCGAGACGACGGUUUACGCCACUGAUUCAGCAAAUCGGCGGGAAGUUUUCUCGGCACUGAGCCUCUGACUCGCGUUCUGUGAAAACAAUGGCGUCCGUUGCUUCUAAGCUGUACUCAGAUGAUGUUAGUCUCCUAGUGUUGUUGCUUGAUACGAAUCCCUUCUUCUGGGACACUACAUCGACUACCUUCUCUCAGUUCCUCUCUCAUGUGCUUGCGUUUCUGAACGCGGUUUUGGGGUUGAAUCAGUUGAACCAAGUUGUGGUGAUAGCUACUGGUUACAGUUCAUGUGAUUACGUUUAUGACUCGUCUUUGACAUCGAAUGUGAGCUCUGAGAGCAGGGGAACUGGAGGAAUGCCUGCUCUUUUUGGGUCUUUGCUGGAGAAAUUGGAGGAUUUUAUUAGCAGAGAUGCAGAGCUUUCCCAGGGGGAUGAGCAUGUAGAUAGAAUAGCUUCUUCUCUCUUGUCUGGAUCGCUCUCCAUGGCUCUUUGCUAUAUACAGAGGAUUUUCCGUACUGGACAUCUUCAUCCCCAGCCUCGGAUUUUAUGCUUGCAAGGUUCCCCAGAUGGCCCGGAACAAUAUGUAGCUGUGAUGAACUCUAUCUUCUCUGCCCAACGCCUAAUGGUUCCCAUUGAUUCCUGUUACAUAGGUACACAGAACUCAGCAUUUUUGCAGCAGGCAUCUUAUAUAACCGGUGGAGUACAUCAUGCACCUAAACAGUUGGGUGGGCUGUUUCAGUUUCUAACGACUAUCUUUGCAACUGAUUUGCACACCCGCGGUUUUGUACAACUUCCUAAACCUGUAGGAGUUGAUUUUCGAGCAUCGUGUUUUUGCCACAAGAAGACUAUAGAUAUGGGGUACGUAUGUUCAGUGUGUCUGUCAAUUUUCUGUGAGCAUCACAAGAAAUGUUCAACGUGCGGGUCCGUUUUUGGUCAGUCUAAACUUGAUGGUGCCAAUGCUUCAUCAUCUGUCAAUGAUAGGAAGAGAAAAGCUCCUGAUUCCUAAAAUCAUCUUUUUAUGCUGUAGAAAAAACGGCAAACUUUGCUCCUUAUUCACGCACUCGUUGCCUAUGAACGAAUACCAAAUUGAGAUUAACUACCUAGUGCCAGUGAUUUUAGCAUUUCUUUUGUCAUAGUCUGGAAAAUAUUACAUUUAUUUCUUUUUUUGAAAA